AUGUCAAAGUUUAUAGCGGUGUUGCGUAAUCACGUCAGAUAGCGGUGAACUUAUAUUUACCCUUCGGUUACUCUAAUGUGAUUAGGUGGGCCACACAUGAGAUUGGAUUUAGCAUGGCAGGGAGGCAUUGUGAUCAUAAUCUGAGGGAGGAAAACAUUGAUCCCAAUGGAGUGUCCUGAGUUGGGGAAAGUAAGAGCUGGUGCUCUACUCACUGUUAUGAAGAGACAAAGAUCCUGGGGGGACAGGGAGCUCCUGGGAGGGAACACAGACGAAAACACAGACUACGGUGAACAGGAUGAGUCCUUGUCUCUGAGGUCGCCUUGGUCCCUGGCGGACACCAUGAACUACGUGGGCCAGCUGGCAGGUCAGGUGCUGGUAACCGUCAAAGAACUGUACAAGGGCAUUAAUCAGGCCACAUUAUCGGGCUGCAUUGAUGUUGUGGUUGUCCGCCAGAGAGAUGGCACCUACCAGUGCUCGCCAUUCCACGUGCGCUUUGGCAAGCUGGGGGUUCUGCGCUCCAAAGAGAAAGUGAUUGACAUCGAAGUGAAUGGAGAGCCAGUAGAGCUGCACAUGAAGCUCGGUGACAAUGGAGAGGCGUUUUUCGUACAGGAAGCUGAGGAACUGAAUAUUGUCCCCGCCCACCUGGCCACCUCCCCGAUCCCCACUGAGAGUCACCUGUUCUGGAUCUCGGAGGUGGAGCACAGGGCCCCGAAAGAUCUGGAGGAUGACCCCGCAGACCCAGAAGACCCUCCCGAGCCUCCCGCUCCGAGCACCGGGUCCACAAAAAAGAAGAAGAAACGGAGGAAGAAGCACAAAGGAGACCCCCGAAGAGAGGAGCUGACCCCGCCAAUGUCGGUCACUACUGGUAACGCUAUUGCUGCUAACGCACCUGCUGCUAUGACUGCUGCUAUGUCCAGCGCUGGGCAAAACGAGGAGAUCUUUGAGAUGGACCUGAGCUCCGACGAGGGAGGUUCAGCACAUGUCUCACGGUCCCCUUCAGUGUCCACGAUGCGAGACAUUGACCCCAAACUGCCUGCAGCCAGACACAACAUCGAUGAUUAUCCGCUGUCUGAUGGCGACUGGCCGUCAAAUGACAGUCAUGGCUUGUCUCAGGCUUUUUCCCCAAAGAGCGACUCUGAGCUGAUGGUGCGGCCCUCAGAGAGCCUGCUCAGAGCCGAGUCCCACAUGCAGUGGACCUGGGGGGAGUUUCCAGAGACCACCCGGGUCCCCAAGAAGGAGAAAGCUGAACUACUAAAAACAGUGACGAUCACCCCGUCAGAGAGCACCCACUUCCGGGUCAUCCUCAGCUCUGAGGCCAUGGAGGACGACUCGGAGAUUGAAAGGGGAGAUGCGUCAUCCUCCUCAAUGUGUACCAUCGUCAAACCCGAGCCACGCACCCUCAUCACCACUUUAACACCGGUGAUUCCUCUGGCUUCCAUCGGCGCCAUAACCUCUGAGGGUCCGCUGACCUCCACAGAUCCUCUGGAUGUGCUACCACCCAAUGUGGCCACCUCCACCCCUUUCAACAGCCAACAGAGCGAAUCCCCCUCUAAGAAGAAAGGUGUCCCAAAGAGGAGCCAGCAUCAGGGUCCGGAGGAUAUCUACCUAGAUGACCUGAAUGUACUUGAACCCGAUGUUGCUGCACGAUAUUUCCCUAAGAGCGAGUCUGAGGCAGCGACAAAGCUGUGGAUGGACUCGGAGAUGCACUCCGGCUCUCAGUCUCCGCAGUCGGUGGGCAGUGCGGCGGCCGACAGCGGCACAGAGUGUCUUUCCGACUCAGCUGGUGACCUCCCCGACGUCACUCUUUCUCUGUGUGGAGGCCUCACAGAAAAUGCUGAAAUAUCCAAAGAGAGGUUCAUGGAGCAUAUCAUCACCUAUAGUGAAUUUGCUGAAAAUCCAGCAAUUAUCGAUAACCCCAACCUGGUAGUGAAAAUAGGAAAUAGGUAUUAUAACUGGACAUUAGCUGCACCCUUGAUUCUCAGUCUACAAGCAUUUCAGAAGAACUUACCAAAGGCGACAGAGGAGGCCUGGAUGAAGGAGAAAAUGCCAAAGAAGUCAGGCCGCUGGUGGUUCUGGAGAAAAAGGGCAGAUAGUUCAAUCAAGCAGUCGGAGACUAAGCUUGAAACAAAGGAGGACUCUCAUCUGGAGGAGGAAGGACCCUCCAUGUGUCAGGAGAAACUGCCUCUGCCGCCUAAAGCCGGAGACUCCUCCAGUGAUGAAGAGGCCAAGGAGGUGAGCGCUGCAUCCUGUCAGGAGAGACUGCAGCCAGUAGAUGUUCAGCACCACCCAAGCCCACACACGUACAGGAAGUCACUACGCCUCUCCUCUGACCAAAUAGCCAGCCUGAAGCUGAAGGAGGGACCCAACGAUGUGACGUUCAGCAUCACCACCCAAUACCAGGGCACAUGCCGCUGCGAGGGCACCAUCUAUCUGUGGAACUGGGACGAUAAAGUCAUUAUCUCUGACAUCGAUGGCACCAUCACCAAGUCAGACGUGUUUGGACAGAUCCUGCCACAGUUGGGGAAGGACUGGACCCACCAGGGCAUUGCCAAGCUCUACCACUCAGUAGCUGAGAACGGCUACAAGUUCCUGUACUGCUCAGCGCGAGCUAUCGGCAUGGCGGAUAUGACCCGAGGUUACCUGCAGUGGGUCAAUGACGGGGGCACCAUUCUUCCCCGGGGACCUCUCAUGCUGUCUCCCAGCAGCCUCUUCUCGGCCUUCCACAGGGAGGUGAUCGAGAAGAAACCAGAGAUCUUCAAGAUUGAAUGCCUUACAGAUAUCAAGAACCUGUUCCAGCAUAACAAGCAGCCAUUCCACGCGGCCUUUGGGAAUCGAGCUAAUGAUGUGUUUGCCUAUAAGGAGGUGGGAGUCCCAGUGUGUCGGAUCUUCACGGUCAACCCCAAGGGAGAGCUGAUUCAGGAGCAGACCAAGGGCAACAAGUCCUCUUACAGCAGGCUGAGUGAGCUGGUGGAGCAUGUGUUCCCUCUGCUGAGUAAAGAGCAGAACGAAGCCUUUGUGCUGCCGGAGUACAGCUCGUUCUGCUACUGGAGACAGCCCAUAGCCGACAUCGACCCUGAGGAACUGGACUAAUCCAGCACAUAUGGAGACCCAGGUGCCCAUAUACAUGCAAAUCGACUGUGCACUUGAAUGCAUCUCCAGCAGACACAUGGACUGAAACAUAAACUCUCCUACAUCCUACAGACACACAGUUAAAGGGUUUUGACCAUUAACACAAACUAGCUGUUGAACAGUAAUCACCCACUAGAGAUGAGAUCCUGAUGAAUAAUCACUGAGAACUUUCAUCCCUAGCAGACGAGAGACAAAUCAUGAGGGAAGAUGAUCAUCUAAUUGAAGGCAUCCAAACCCAGUGAGAGCUCUGCAUUCCCCGUUAGAGUCCUGGGAUAAAGAUCUGAGCAUAAUCUUCUUUCUCUGAAACUUCUAUAAACAGGAUGGUCUGCACUUCCCAUCAGGGACGCGACUGAAGCCCUACACGAGUUUAUUAGCCUUUAGCACUAGAGUCUGAGCGCUGCCGAAGGAAAACACAUUUUUCUUGAAUCAAGUUUUUUCACAUUUCCUGAUCGCCCUGAAGAAGUGAUAUGUUCAAAUGGAAGAAGACGCACGGGGUCAGGAAACCGGCCACUAGUUAUAUGCUGGUAAUAUUUAGCUGUGGCUGCUAAGUGUGCAUGGACACAGCUCUCCAGUCCUUCCUCUGCUCUAAAACAUUCAGUAAAAUAUUGAUUAGGGGCUGGUUGAUCCCUGCUUCACCACUUAUGAACCGAGCCUUCUCUCCAAUGUGACGUUCCAGUAUUAAAACUGCAAUGUCGGUUAUGUUGCCAAGUGCCACGUUUUUUUUUUGACUUGGCACCAAAAUGCUUAAAAUCUUUAGAAGUUUGCAUAUAAAUGAAUUGGUCAAUCAUAGGAUUACCACUCAAGAGACUGCUGGUUGUGUCCCAUGUGAAACUAAAAGUCUAUGUUGACUUUUUCCUACUUUACGUCCCUAACUUCAAUAAUGUAAACCAAUAUUUUAAGCCAAACCGUGGUCUUUAUUUAACAAAAUCAAGUUAGUUUGUUAUAAUUUACAAAGUGAAAAAUUGGCACUGAGGAAAUAAGUAAAUAUAAUUGGGAAUGCAGUUUAAUUGUACGGGAGUGUUAUGUUGUAGGAGACACAAUAAGGGUUGUGUGAGCCAUACACAGCAGUUAAUUCCCCAAAAACGUUUGGUUUGUCCCUGAUCAACACUCUCCCCCCUGCAGAGCUUAACACGUUCAUAGUUAAUGAGUCGUGUUUGUUACCAUUAAUAUUCAAGGUCAUACCAGGAGUACAUUUCUGCCAACAAGUAUGUGAAGAUACAACAUUUAGAUGUUGAGUUAAAAACAAAAUGAAGGAACUCAUUGUAUUUUGUGUCGCUGUUAUUUGAAUAUGAUUAUUCUGUUCUACAAGCUCUGGCGAAAUCAAGUGUGUUUUGUUAACAAUGCAGUCAUUAUUUAUGAUAAUUGGUAUGUUUAAGUUAUUGAUUUCUAUCGUGAUGCCUUUGCUUGUCUGAAAAAGUAAUUUAUUACCAAUGCAAUGUGGAAAUACUUCAAAUUGCUAUUUUGUAUGGUUGGUCAUUGGUUAACAUGCACUUAACUGCUAGCCUUGUAUGGUUUCAUUUUCUUUGCCUUGUAUCCUAUUUUCGCAACGAUCUGUAUUCCUUGUUUUACAGUGAAACUUCCAACAUCCGAAGGUACAUACACAUUCCUCAAAGUCUCAGAAUCCGCAGCUUUAGUGUUCAAAUAUGUGUGUUAGGAAGAUAACGCUUGAGUUGAAGUAUUUGGAGAGAGGGCUUAACAUGUUCCCUUUGUCGGGGUCCUCUGUAGGAUGACUAUGGGAAGGUGUGUGUGUGUGUGUGUGUGUGUGUUCACUGAGUUGUGCUGCUGUUGGGGUGACUGACAUGAGGCAAUCCUCCUUUGUUCCCUCAGUGGCUUUACUAGGAUUUACCCAACGCACUUUGUCUAAGCUGCACCCACAACUCUGACCCGCAAACACUUCACUGAAGGGCCUCUAUGGACGGAGUUUCAGUUUUUCUGAAUUAUGUCAAUAUGAGGAAUGUUUGAAAGGGGAUUUGAAGGCUUCAAAGCAAGUAGCGGUGAUGAAAAACAAAAUAAUGUUCAAUUUGGGAGUUUGGCAAGGCGUGUAUGUGUGUGUUGGAGCUGCAGCGAUGGGUAAAAACGAGUACUUUUCUGAUUAUCGUGUACUUUUUUUCAUUGAUUAAUCGUCAAAAAUGUCAGAAACUGCUGGUUUCUGCCUCUCAAAUAUGGACAUUUCUGGAUUUUCUUAGUUUUAUUUUAAAUUAAAUAUGUUUAGGUUUCUGACUCGUAAGACAAGACAUCACAUCGGACUUUGAAAAAAAGUAUAAAAAAUCUAUAUUUUCUGACAUUUAAUAGUUAUUAAUCGAGAAAAUAUUGGGCCUAUUCAUCGAUAAUGAAAAUGACUGUUGCAGCCCUAGUGUGUGUGUGUGUGUUUGUGUAUGUGUGUGUAGGACUAAAGACUGAUCCCGUGCCUCUGGUGAGCAGUAAGAACUUUCGGGUCUUGUUGGGGGAUAAACAGGAAAUACUUGAGGAAGCUUUCUGAAAGCGCUUCACUGGCAUUAUGUGUGUGUGUGUGUUGUAGGAACAGAGAGAUGUGUGCAGCUCCACUGACAUGCAUCAUACCUCCAACACAAGUGUAACAGUCACAUGAUUAUAUGUGCUCGUGAGGAUUGAACAUUUAAAAGAAGAGUCUGACUGAGACUUAACAAAAAGCACAACUUAGCAUCAUGGCUACAUCCACUAUUACCGUCAUUAUUUGGCUGAAGUGUGUUCACGCUGUGGCUCAGAUUGUUUUUGUGAUGAUUUAAGAUGCGUGUUUUGAUUUGUUUACUUGUUCUCUUCGAAGUUUGGUGAAGUCAAAUAGAUAUAUAUCUUAUGAUUAACGAAAUGAAUUCCAUUCUUUCUAUGAAAGUAAUGCAUCUUGUGUGGAAGAAUCACACUUCAUCCUCUAUGAUCCUGGGAUACGUGGUAUAAAUACUAUUGUUUGUUCUCACUCAACUGCUGUGGAAAAGUAUCCAGUGUAUAUGCUGAUCAUCACAUUCUUCUGUCUUCGAUGCCUUUUGUUCGUUUUUAUUAUUUCUUAUAAAGAGUAUGAUCUUUCUGUUUGAAGGUAACGCUUGCUAUUCUGAUUGUGUCUGACCAACAGAAAUACCUUGUGUAAGUGUAUGCUGUGUUUGAUUUGUAUAAAAUGUGGUUAAAAGUAUGUUUAAAGAACAAAAUACAUUGUAAGACGAAAAGAUAUUCAGGCCUAAUGAAGCUAACAGAGUGUGGCUUGUGGUCAUAUUUGUAUUAAAUAAAGUUUCUAACUGAAUGCUUUAA